AUAAACUAGCAUUUUCUCUCGUUUCAUUCAAGGCUUAGAGAAGGGAAGAAAGAAAAAAAUCUCAUCUCAUUUAUGAACAGCCUGGUGAAGGUGAAGGUGAAGUUUCAUCUUUAUGAAGAAACCAUCCGAAAGACUCUUUCAGCCACUCUAUUGAUCAGCACCAACCAAAAUUAUAGUUGGCCAUGGAGUUUACCCCACCUUCGAAGAGGUGCCUCCCAACCAAAUCAAAAGAAGAAGAAGAAGAUGAUGAAAGAGUUUAUCAAACAUACAGAAAUCUCAUUUCAACCCUUCCAACUGAAAAUGGUUGGUCUUCCAGCAACCUAGUUCUCUACCAAGGCUCUAGGUACGUCCCCAAUAAUUUCCUACAAGGAGUCAUGGCCGUUCAACAACACUUCAAGGCUCGACCCACUGAUAUUCUCUUGACCGCCAUUCCAAAAUCAGGCACCACAUGGAUGAAGGCCCUCAUAUUUUCCAUCGUCAACCGCACCCAUUAUGAUUUUACCACACACCCUCUACUUACUCAUAAUCCUCAGGACUGUGUUCCGACCUUAGAAACCAAUCUUUACAGGAAAACCUCAAUCACCAACCCAGAUCUUCUUCCAUCACCUCGCCUCUUUUCAACCCACAUUUCGUGUUCCUCUUUACCAAAAUCAAUAAUAGACUCCAGUUGCCAAAUUGUCUACAUCUGCCGCAACCCAAAAGAUGUGCUUGUUUCCAAUAGGUACUUCGGAAACAAAAUACGAGCCAAAUUCAACAAAGAUCAGCCACUGCUCUCAUUGGCCGAAGCAUUUCAGUUGUUCUGCAAAGGAGCCUCCCCAUUUGGGCCCUAUUGGGAACAUGUUCUGGGAUUUUGGAAAGCAAGCUUAGAGCAGCCUGAGAGGAUACUCUUCUUAAAAUAUGAGGAUCUUAGAAGCAAUCCAUUGGUUUAUUUGAGGAAAUUGGCCCAACACCUGGGGUAUCCAUUCUCCUUGGAGGAGGAGAAACAAGGGGUGCUGGAAAAAAUACUCAACUUAUGCAGUUUUCAGAAUUUGAGCAAUUUGGAGGUGAACAAGAAUCCUGAUAAGGUGAGUCAUGUGGGAGUGGAGUACAGUGCUUUCUUUAGAAAAGGCCAAGUUGGAGACUGGAAGAACCAUCUUACUGCUGAUAUGAUAGAGCACAUAGAUCGCAUCACUGAACAGAAGUUCCACGGCUGUGACUUUUCAUUCUAGAGGAACAUUUUUCAGUUCAAAGGACUGACCGGUGGAACGAGGAAAGAGGAGAUUUGCAGACAAAAUAGAAACACAUAGAAAAAGAGAGGAAGAGAAAAUCAAUGAAGAAGAAGAAGAGUGAAGAUUUUUCAGAGCUUGAACUUUCUCCACUACAAAUAGGUAUUUUUCUUCUUUCUCUAAGCCCCUGAAUAGAUUGUUGAAAGUUUGUUCCUUCUAGGUUUCUUUUCUAAUAUUACAAUGAAGAUCUUCAUUUUCCAUGUUUGUGCUGUUUUGGUUUUAUGAGAAACUACAACUAUUUUAUUUGAACACCUUCACAGAAACUACAAUCACCCCGUUUUUCUUAAUUUGAUAAUGCAUAGGGGUGGCAACAAGCCGAGUUUUUCAUGAGCUGCUUGAGCUCGGCUCAACUC